AUGGAUUUCCCCAGCUCCAUACCACCAUCCCCAUUCACCAUUUCCAUGUCUUCAAAUUUGUCCGUACCCUCCACCUCUCCGUCUGAGUCCCUGCCUCCCAGCCUGGCAUCCACUGCUCUGUUCUGCUCGCUCCUGUCCCUUCUAUCUCUCCUGGGAAUCUUGGGAAACCUGUACACUCUAGGGCUGCUGCUGAGGCGCAGGAGGAUCAGGAGGAGACACGGAGGGGCCAAUUGCUGCUUCAUCAGAGCUCCGUUACCAUGGUGCCUGUCCAGCUCCACGUCCCCGACCUCCUCCCCUGUGUCGUCCUCGUCUACGUCGUCGCUGUACCUGCAGGUGCUGAGUCUGGCCUGUGCAGACCUGUUAUACCUCUUCACCGCCCCCUUUAUUGUGUACGACAGCCUGGCGUCCGGCUGGGCUUUCGGGGAGCUGGGCUGCCGUCUGCUACUGAGUUUGGAUCUGCUCACCAUGCAUGCCUCCAUCUUCACCCUCACAGCCAUGAGUCUGGACCGGUACCGCGCUGUGGCCCACCCCUUGCACACUUCCUCCACAAACUCUUCAGGACUUCUGCGUGUGGCUCUGGCCUGGGGCCUAGCCGUGGCCCUCAGUCUGCCCAUGAUGAUCACACUACACCUGGAGAAGGGGGGUGAACAGGAGGGUCAACUGUGUGUGCCUGCCUGGGACGAGCAGAGCUCAAAGGCCUAUCUCAGCAUCCUCUUCUGUACCAGCAUCCUGGGCCCAGGGCUGGCCAUAGGUGCUCUGUACUCCACAUUAGGCCGGCUGUACUGGGUGUCUCAGACAAAACCAGUGUGGGCCAAUGGGAGCAGCAGCGCCAGCACGCCUCGAGCUCCUAAACCCAAAGUGCUGCUCCUUAUUCUGGGCAUUGUGCUGACCUUCUGGGCCUGUUUCCUGCCCUUCUGGGUGUGGCAAUUGCUGCCUCUGUAUCAGCCUGACAUGUUAAGAACUGUCCCAGUGGGGACUCAGGUGACAGUGAACCGCAUCCUGACGAGCCUGACCUACGGUAACUCCUGUGUGAACCCGUUCUUCUACACUUUGCUCACGGGUAAACAGAGACGCAGACAGACAAUGAACACAGUCAACACACUCUGCCGCAAGAGCAGCCCACCACAGUAG